GUAGGCAGGUAAUCGAUGAAUUUGCAGCUCUGGCGGCUCAACAAAAAAAAUUUACCACGUGAAGUGAAAUUGGCGAAUUUCAUCACAGCUUUUAACUAAUUUUCCGGCUUUAUAAACAAAAUCGAGAAGCUCUACGGACCAGGCUGAGUCAGGCCGCGAAAGCAAGUACAAGAGAGUCCACACAGCAAAGAGAAACAAGUACAUACAGAGAAAAUGGCGCUGCGCGUGCAAUUCGAGAACAACGACGACAUCGGCGUCUUCACCAAACUUACAAACACAUACUGUCUGGUGGCCAUCGGCGGCUCCGAGACCUUCUACAGCGCCUUCGAGGCGGAGCUGGCCGAAACGAUUCCGGUGGUGCACGCCAAUGUGGGCGGCUGCCGGAUCAUUGGACGCACAACGGUGGGCAACAGGAACGGCCUGUUGGUGCCUAAUUCCACCACCGAUGAGGAGCUGCAGCACCUGCGCAACAGUCUGCCGGAUGCUGUGAAAAUCCAGCGCGUUGAGGAGCGUCUUUCCGCCCUGGGCAACGUCAUCGCUUGCAACGAUUAUGUGGCGCUGGUCCACCCAGAUCUGGACAAGGAGACUGAGGAGAUUAUCGGAGACGUGCUUAAGGUGGAGGUCUUCCGACAGACAAUAGCUGAUAACACAUUGGUGGGCUCCUACACCGUGCUGAGCAACCAGGGCGGCAUGGUGCAUCCCAAGACGAGCAUAGAAGAUCAGGACGAGCUGUCGUCGUUGCUGCAGGUUCCCCUGGUGGCGGGUACAGUGAACCGCGGAAGCGAGGUUCUCGCUGCCGGCAUGGUCGUCAACGAUUGGCUCUCCUUCGUGGGCAUGAACACAACGGCCACAGAGAUCUCGGUGAUCGAGAGCGUCUUCAAGCUGAACCAGGCCCAGCCGGCCACGGUCACGACCAAACUGCGAGCCGCCCUCAUCGAGGACAUGUCCUAGACGAACGAAUAUCCACCUCUUUUUAUACUUGAUCUAAGCGAUUUUCUGUUAUCUUCUACAAAAUGUGAACUAAGAGCGCUAUGUGCUAAAUACACCACAAAACAAACUGAA